CGGUCCCUGAUUGGAGGAGGAUCUGUCAAUAUCCGGUGUGAAGAUCACAAAGAGAAACAGAAGGAACAAGCGACGUGGACUUGGAGCAACAGUAGGAGUACAGGAUGUGUGAUUUCACCGAGGAUCAGAUCGCCGAAUUCAAAGAGGCAUUUUACCUCUAUGACCGCAUUGGUGAAGGUAAAAUUGGCUACAACCAGUUUGGUGACGUCUUGCGUGCUCUUGGCCAGAAUCCAUGCAAUGCUGAAGUCUUAAAAGUCCUUGGGAACCCAAAGCCUGAAGACAUGAAUGUGAAAACAUUGGACUUUGAGCAGUUCCUUCCCAAGCUUCAGGACAUUGCAAGAAACAAGGAACCAGGAACUUUCGAAGACUUUGUUGAGGGUCUGCGUGUCUUUGAUAAAGAAGGCAAUGGCACAGUCAUGGGUGCAGAGCUACGUCAUGUGUUGGUCACUCUUGGUGAGAAAAUGACUGAAGAGGAAGUGGAGACUUUGCUGGCUGGACAUGAGGAUGCUAAUGGCUGCAUCAACUAUGAGGCUUUUGUCAGGCACAUCAUGUCUGGGUGAAUGGCAGCCCAUGAGCUGGUCCGAAUGGUGAUGAGUGGCUGAUGGCUCUCUACUUUGCAUUUUAAGUGCCUUUUUUCAACCUACUUAGGAACUCCCUUUCUAAAAGAAUUCUCCGUUUUAUAUUUAUCAACACGCACGCAGGUCUGAGAACUAGGAAUCAAGUGCAUUGAGCUCAUCUGGACAGUGAUAGGAGCUGAGUAGGUAUCAAGGGGGUGAGAUGUUAUACCUUGAUACACUGCAGGCUUCUGAUCUCCAGUAGGAACAAAUGCAGCAAGUGGUUCUUGUUGAGACCCUGAAAUCUUUCCCUGAAGUAAUCAUAGAAAGGCUGAUUUGGAGUGGGGUGGAGGGGAAAAUCUGAUGUCUCUGAAGCUUGAAGUUCAUUGGCUUCUGCUUUGAUUGUGUACCUGCACACCAAUCCUCUGUAUUUCAUUGCUUUCAUAUAAUAAAACCUCACAAUGAA